CAUAGCAUGGUGAACUCUUAACCCACCGGAUCAAACCAUCCUCACUCCUCCGCCAUAUGGUUCGACAAAAAGGCUAAAUUGGUUCGACCAUGCGACCGUCUCGACGAACCUGUCAGGCACUCUCGCCGGAGAAGCACCUGUGAUCCCUCCGGCCGGCCUGUUCGCUACCUCCGAUCAAUAUACAUGUGACCUUUCAGGAUUAUCAAUGUUGAAACAAGAGGAACAUCUCUGGAUAUCACGCAAACUUUUGGAUAUUGAACUCUGUAACUGCAGCAGCAGACCGUAGUUUUCACUAUUUAGAUGGAAGAAGUGUCUGUUAACGGUGUUAACAGCGAGCAGGCAAUUGAGGGACAAGGCUGUGAGACUUUUCUAGAAAUUGAUGAUGAAAGAGCUGAUUUGGAUAUUCAAAAUGAUAUUCCUGAUGGAAGAAAGGAAUUUGUUGAACCUGCUGUAGGGAUGGAGUUUGAGUCAUAUGAGGAUGCUUAUAACUACUACAGUUGCUAUGCAAAGGAGAUGGGCUUCCGUGUUCGAGUGAAAAACUCAUGGUUUAAAAGAAAUAGCAAGGAGAAGUAUGGUGCUGUGCUUUGUUGCAGCAGCCAGGGUUUUAAAAGAAUUAAAGAAGUAAACCGCCUGAGGAAGGAAACCCGAACUGGUUGUCCUGCAAUGCUAAGAAUGAGAAUAGUAGAUUCUAAAAGGUGGAGGGUUGUUGAAGUUACACUUGAACACAACCAUUUGUUAGGUUCAAAGAUCUGCAAGGCUGUUAAGAAGAUGGGCACUGGAUCCAAGAGGAAGUUGCAGUCAAGCUCUGAUUCAGAAGUACGGACAGUGAAGUUGUAUCGAGCACUUGUAAUUGAUGCAGGUGUUAAUGGAAAUUCAAAUAUUACCGUGAGAGAGUCCAGAAGUUCUUCUGAUCAUUCUGAUCAGCUGAGUUUGAAAAAGGGUGACGCACAAGCCAUUUACAAUUACCUUUGUCGAAUGCAGUUGACUAAUCCAAAUUUCUACAUCUCUGUUGUUCAUACUAAUAAAAAUACCAAGUGCUACAUUCACCUGCCCACAAGCUGCAUAUAUGUCAAUUAG